AUGUAUGUGAAUGACAUACUAUUAGCUGGAAAAUCUACUAAACAAAUAACUGAAUCUAAAGAUCAGUUAAGAAGUCAGUUCAAUGUCAAAGAUAUGGGACCGGUAGAAUACUUUCUAGAGGUGAAAGUACAAGAUCUAGAUAAAGGAAUGGUGUGGAUAGGUCAGACAUCUUAUGCAGAGACUAUAUUACAUCAAUUUUCAAUGUCUGAUUCUAAAUCAGUCAGAUCACCAGUUAAUCCGAGUAUUAGCCUCAGUACAGCUACAGAUGAGUCUACACUAUUUGACCCUGAGAAAUAUCAAUCAGCAGUUGGAAAACUUUAG